CCCUGAUCAAAAUGCAUGAGUCACUGUAUACAUUUAACCAUCCGAACGUCUCUAGGAUCGGUUUAAUGGCAAGUGUGAUGAAUUUCAGAAGAAAGAAAGGUUUGAUAUCGCGUUCGAUGGGAUACCACCAACAACACCUAGUCGUAGCACCCAGCCCGCUGCUAUCGGAUAAAAAGUUGGCAUCUAGCAAUACAGGCCUAAUGCCAAGAGAGAUUUUGUCAGGAAAAAGAAGAUAUACAGACGGUUAAGGCCCCAGCAAUCUGUCUCUUUCAAUCUUGAGACUGCCCAAAAUGCAGUGGGAAGUAACAAGAAUGUAUAUCUAUCGGCAAUGUCUGAAUCUAUCAUGUGCUCGGAUGAGCUUAACUGCCACCAAUCCCUAGGAGUCAGGCCAAGUGAAACAAAAAACUGAGCAGGUCAUCUAUAAACGAGGUGCGACAGAAAUGUCCAAAGAUACUCGAGCAUCGCCUUUCCGAGACCGGAUCCCGACGAAAGUGUCACUUUAUGCACGAGACAGAAGAGAAG